AUGACCAAGAUACAGCACUCGAUCAAACUUCCCACCUUCCGGGAGCCCUUCUCCAAGACGCCCGAGUACGCGCGGGAAGUGAUCGCAGGGUGGGUAGACAAGUUCAAUCAGCUGCUGACCAAUGGCGAACUCGCCGAGUUCCCGUCGCUUUUCCGCAGCGAUGCGUGGAUCCGUGACUUUCUCAGCCUCUCCUGGGACUUCCGCACCAUUCAGGGCCUUCACAGGAUAAGCGAGUACUUCCAGGAGAACCUCCGACAGACAGGUCUACGUAACAUGGAGCCCCGUGAGACGGGUGCCUUUGCGCCGGCUUUCAGAACUGUCGCCCCCGGGGUUCACUGGGUGGACAGUAUGUUUGAUUUUGAGAAUGACGUCGGCCGUGGGAAGGGAAUCGUGCGACUGGUCGAAGAGGAUGAUAAUGUGUGGAAAGCGUACAUGAUCAACUUCACCCUUCAAGAGCUGAAGAACGUCGAGGAGAAAGCCGGGAUCAAUAGGCCGACGGGGAAGGUUGACCCCAAGGGCGGAAACUGGAAGGAGAGGCGGGACAGGGAGAGGGAGUUUCUUGACGAGGACCCUGCUGUGCUAGUCAUUGGUGCCGGUCAUGCUGGAAUCAAUAUUGGCGUUCGGCUUCGACAUCUUGGGGUCUCGACCCUCAUGAUUGACCGCAAUGAACGUGUGGGCGACAGUUGGCGCAAACGAUACAGGACGCUCAUGACCCACGAUCCGAUCCAAUACUGUCACCUUCCCUUCAUCCCCUUCCCAUCCAACUGGCCCAUGUUCAUGCCCAAAGACAAGCUAGCCGACUGGCUCGAGUCCUACGCAACAAUGAUGGAACUCAACGUCUGGACCUCUACCGAAAUCGCCGAAUCAUCCUACGACGACCAGUCUAAGACCUGGACGGUCACCCUCCGCCGCGGCGACGGGAGCACCCGCACCUUGCACCCGCGCCACAUCGUCCUCGCCACAGGCCAGGCCGGCGACCCCAUCACGCCGACGUUCCCGAACCAGUCCGCUUUCAAGGGCACGGUAUAUCACGGAGUCCAGCACCAGGACGCAUCCACUGUCUCCGACCUCUCUUCCAAGAAAGUCCUCGUCGUCGGUUCUGGAAAUUCGAGUCACGAUAUCUGCCAAAACUUCUACGAGAACGGCGCUGGAAGUGUGACGAUGGUACAGCGCGGCGGGUCGUACGUCAUCACCGCCAACAAGGGAAUCUUCGUCAUGCACAAGGGCAUGUACGAGGAAGGCGGGCCACCGACGGAAGAUGCAGACAUCGUUGCCCAAAGCAUACCGACACCGGUGGGCUUUGCGCUGAGUGUUCACGGGACCAAGGCUAUUGCGGACGUGGAUCGCGAGAUUCUGGAUGGGUUGACCAAGGCUGGCUUCAAGCUCGACUUCGGACCUAAUGGUAGCGGGAUCUAUCGCAAGUACAUUGAGCGGGGCGGAGGGUACUACAUCAACGUGGGAUGCAGCGAGCUCAUCGUUGACGGUAAAGUCAAAGUCCACCAUAGCCCCAAGGGUAUCGAGAAGUUCACGCCAAACGGACUGGCUCUGGCGGAUGGGACGACUCUGGAUGCCGACAUUGUUGUUCUUGCGACUGGAUACGACGGCAUGAAGUCUACUGCGCGUAAGGUAUUCGGGGACAAGGUAGCCGGUCGCCUCCAGGAGUGCUGGGACCUGGACGAGCAGGGAGAGAUCAACUCCGUGAGUCUUCGCCAUGCCUCAAGGUUGGCAUGA